AUGUACAACGGCUCGCUUUUCACUUUCUACAAGGACCCUUAUUGCAAGAUUCCCGUCUUUGUGAUGGGCGGCAAAGCGGAGCGCUGUGUUCUGUGGGUUGGUGGGCAGUCUGAGUCUUUCCUCAACUUUGGCUACUUCCCGAAGCUCGCCGAGAUGCUUACUGAGGAAUGGGCUUUCGUACAAACGGAGGUGGCCAGCAGUCGCAUCGGCUUCGGUGCGCAGGAUCACGUUCACGACGCUGAAGACAUGGAUGAUCUCAUUUCUAUUCUUGUCAAGGAUUACGGCAUUCAUGAGAUCGCAUUGUUCGGAACGAGCACCGGGGUUCAGAUCGUGUUCGAACUGCUUGACAAUAGCCGCAACAUCGAGUUCAUCACCCGAGUCAUUCUCUACGGCGUCGUGUGCGAUCCCGAAAGCCCACUCUUCACGCCGGAGGGCAACGCCGCACGCGAAGAGCUUGUCUCGAGGCUCAUUGCGGAGGGCCGUCAGGAGGACUCCCGUGCGCUGCUGGACCACUACGACAUCCCCAUCACCCCCGCCCGCCUCUCUGGCGCGGGCUUUCCAACGCUGCAGGAGGCAGUUUGGUCCCCGUGCCUCAGCGGCGAUGUUGACACGCUGCGCCGUGCCCUGAAUGUGGUGAAGGUUCCGAUGCUCGUCAUGCUGGCACACCACGCGCAAUACAAGCCCACCGAGGAGGAAAUCCAGCGGGUAAUCCGCCUCGUGAAGGAUCAUGCGGGGUGCACACAUGUAACAGUGUCGUACUUUAACGACACAUGUGACGAACGGCGACGCGUGCUAAAGGCAGCAGAGGACGAACAUGUGAAUGCAAUUAUACGCUUUCUCAUUGAAGAAGACGAGAAACGUGCUAUACAAGAGGAACAGCGACAACGGAAGGCUGUAGAGGAUGAAAAAAAGAGGAAAUCUGUUCUGCAAGCCAGUGCCUUUGCAAAUAAUGUCGCCAGAGCCUCUACUGUGUAA